AUGUGUGUGUGCCGCGGGGGCUCGGCGCAGCCUGGGCGGGGGGCGCCGUGUGCGUGCGUUCCUUCUCCAACCUUCCUGUCUGUGAGCCCCGCCGCCGCUCUCCUUCGCCCGGGCGGCUCGCACGCAGCGCACACCCCAAACAGGCAUCUGUAUGGGUUGCAACAAUGCUUGGGCCCUGGAGAUUUCAGGCUCAGAGUUAAAAUGUACACUUGCUGCUCUACAGUAACUUUGGAACAGGACCCCAACAAAAAAAUGCAUAUCUGGAUGCUGCAGACGAUAGCGGUUGCUUUAACAUCGCUAGUCCUGUCGUGGGCAGAAAGCAUCGAGUAUUAUGGGGAAAUCUGCGAUAAGGCGUGUCCUUGCGAGGAAAAGGACAGCAUCUUAACGGUGAGCUGUGAAAACAGAGGGAUCAUCAGCCUUUUCGAGAUCAGCCCACCAAGAUUCCCUGUCUAUCACCUCUUGUUAUCUGGGAACCUUUUGAACAGACUCUACCCAAACCAGUUUGUUAAUUACACUGGGGCUUCGAUUUUGCAUCUAGGGAGCAAUGACAUACAAGACAUCGAAACUGGGGCCUUUCAUGGUCUGCGGGGCUUAAGGAGGCUGCACCUGAACAAUAACAAGCUGGAACUAUUAAGGGAUGACACUUUCCUUGGUCUGGAGAGUUUGGAGUAUCUUCAAGUCGAUUAUAAUUACAUCAGCACUAUUGAACCCAAUGCUUUCAGCAAACUGCAUUUGCUGCAGGUGCUGAUCCUCAAUGAUAACCUCCUCUCCAGUUUGCCCAACAACCUUUUCCGUUUUGUGCCCUUAACUCACCUGGACUUGAGGGGUAACCGGCUGAAGCUGCUGCCCUACCUGGGCCUUUUGCAGCACAUGGAUAAAGUGGUGGAGCUGCAGCUGGAGGAGAACCCAUGGAAUUGCUCUUGCGAGUUGAUCGCUCUGAAGGAUUGGCUAGAUAGUAUCUCCUACUCGGCUCUGGUGGGGGACGUGGUUUGUGAAACCCCUUUCCGCUUGCACGGCCGAGACUUGGAUGAAGUCUCCAAGCAGGAGCUUUGCCCUAGGAGACUAAUUUCGGAUUACGAAAUGCGACCGCAGACACCUUUGAGCACCACAGGGUAUUUCCACACUACCCCGGCCUCGGUCAACUCCGUGGCCACUUCUUCCUCGGCUGUUUACAAAUCCCCCUUGAAGCCCCCUAAAGGGACCCGUCAACCAAACAAGACCAGGGUGCGUCCCACCUCCCGCCUGCCCUCCAAAGACCUGGGAUACAGCAAUUACGGCCCCAGCAUCGCCUACCAGACCAAAUCCCCGGUGCCUUUGGAGUGUCCCACCGCCUGCACUUGCAACCUGCAGAUCUCCGACCUGGGCCUCAAUGUCAAUUGCCAGGAGAGGAAGAUCGAAAGUAUCUCCGAGCUGCAGCCCAAACCCUACAACCCCAAGAAGAUGUAUCUGACCGAGAACUACAUUGCCCUGGUGCGCAGGGCGGAUUUCCUGGACGCCACCGGGCUGGAUUUGUUGCACCUGGGCAACAACCGGAUCUCGGUCAUUCAGGACCGGGCCUUUGGGGAUCUAACUAAUUUGAGAAGACUCUACCUGAACGGGAACCGGAUCGAGCGGCUGAGCCCGGAGCUGUUCUACGGGCUGCAAAGCCUGCAGUACCUCUUCCUGCAGUACAACAUCAUCCGGGACAUCGAGGCGGGCACCUUUGAGUCAGUCCCCAACCUCCAGCUCUUGUUUUUGAACAAUAACCUGCUGAGAUCUUUGCCCGCCAGCAUUUUUUCCGGCCUGACUCUCUACAGGCUGAGCCUGAGGAGCAACCACUUCUCCUACCUGCCUGUGAGCGGGGUGCUGGACCAGCUGAAAUCCCUGCUGCAGAUCGACCUGCACGAGAACCCCUGGGAUUGCACCUGCGACGUGGUGGGCAUGAAGCUGUGGCUGGAGCAGCUCAACACCGGGGUGCUGGUGGACCAGGUCAUCUGCGAGUCCCCCAAGAAGUUCGCCCAGAGCGACAUGCGGACCAUCAGGUCGGAGCUGCUGUGCCCGGACUACUCCGACAUCAUCGUCUCCACCCCUACCCCUUCCUCCAUCCAGCUGCCGGGCGGGACCACCCUUUUCUCCUCUACCGUGCGGCUCAACAGCACGGGCGCGGCGGGGGGCGCGGCGCCCUCGGGCGGCGGGGGCGGAUCCCCCUCGUCGUCGGUGCCGCUGUCGGUGCUGAUCCUGAGCCUGCUGCUGGUGUUCAUCAUGUCGGUGUUCGUGGCGGCGGGGCUCUUCGUGCUGGUAAUGAAGCGCCGGAAGAAGGGCCAGGGCGACCCGGCCAGCGCCAACAACUCCGACGUGAGCUCCUUCAACAUGCAGUACAGCGUCUACGGCAGCGGCCACCACCACCACCCGGCGCCGCAGCAGCCCCGCCACCCGCGCGGCGGCGGCCCGGCCCUGCCCAAGGUGAAGACCCCCGCCGGCCACGUGUACGAGUAUAUCCCGCACCCGCUGGGCCACAUGUGCAAGAACCCCAUCUACCGCUCCCGGGAGGGCAACGCGGGCGAGGAUUACAAAGACCUGCACGAGCUCAAGGUCACCUACAGCAACCACCACUUGCAGCAAGGGCCGCCGCCCCCGCCGCCCCCGGGGGAGGAGGAGCCCCUGCGGAGCCCCACUUACAGCGUCAGCACCAUCGAGCCCCGGGAGGAGCUGCUCUCCCCGGUGCAAGACGCCGAUCGCUUUUACAGGGGCAUUUUGGAGCCCGAUAAACACUCCUCCUCCUCGCUGGGCACCCCCGGCAAUAAUCUCCCCGAUUACCCCAAAUUCCCCGCCGCCUACACCUACACCCCCAACUAUGACCUUAUGCGGCCACAUCAGUACUUGCACCCCGGGGCGGGGGACAGCAGGCUCCGGGAGACGGUGCUCUACAGCCCCCCGAGUACUGUCUAUGUAGAGCCCAACAGGAACGAGUAUCUGGAGUUAAAAGCAAAACUAAACGCAGAGCCGGACUACCUCGAAGUGCUGGAAAAACAGACCACAUUCAGCCAGUUCUGA